GAUCAUGUUUUAUUUGAGAUGUACGCGUUUUAGAAUCACCCGUUUUCAUGGGUCAGAGGAAACCUUUGACAAGUUAAAAUUACGCAGUAAACACUCGGUAGUUUUCUUUGACAGCUUUGCAUCGCUCUGUGCCUUUAAACUUUCAGUUGACGUCAUCACACUGCGUCCACCAUGCAAGACUGUUCAGGCUACACACGUUUCUUCCUAGAUAGUGCAGUGUUUUCUUUACAUUGACCCUGCAUUAUCUAAUCAAACAAAUCUUACAAUUAUUUACCUAUUUCUAUUGUGUUUUGCUGUAUGACUCGUUAGUUUGUAGAUAUCCGUUUAAGUGUAUUGGCAUUUUACUCUCAAAAACUCAACAAGCCACCUGGACUGGUGGCCAUCAUUCUGGCUGGUAGCAAACAUCAAACUUAAAGCGCCACCAUGAGUUUUGUGGAGUACUCGGAGGUGGUCCAGGAGGACGACGUGGUGAUCGUGUUCCUGGGGCACGACGCCAUGAUGCCCGUGCACGUGCGCAGCGGAGCGCAGACGCAGACGCGCUACGGCGCCAUCCGCCACUCCAGCGACCUGAUUGGCCGGCGCUUCGGCUCCAAGGUGACGUGCAGCAAGGGGGGGUGGGUGUACGUGCUGCACCCCACGCCUGAGCUCUGGACCCUCAACCUGCCCCACCGCACGCAGAUCCUCUACAGCACCGACAUCGCCACCAUCACACUCAUGCUCGACCUCAAGCCCGGGGCCGUGGUGUGUGAGUCGGGUACGGGCAGUGGGUCGCUCUCUCAUGCCAUCCUGCGGACCAUCGCGCCGACUGGUCACCUGCACACGGUGGAGUUCCACACUGAGCGCGCUCAGAAGGCGCGGGAGGAGUUCGGCCGCCACCGCGUGGGUCACCUGGUAACCGUGCGCAACCAGGACGUCUGUCGCCAGGGCUUCGGAGUGGAGGGCGUGGCCGACGCAGUCUUCCUGGACAUACCCUCGCCCUGGGAGGCCAUCCAGCACGCCAAGGCCGCCAUCAAGAGACAAGGUGGCCGUGUGUGUUCCUUCUCCCCGUGCAUUGAGCAGGUGUGUGUGUGUGUGUGUGUGUGUGUGUGUGUGUGUGCAGGUGGCCGUGUGUGUUCCUUCUCCCCGUGCAUUGAGCAGGUGCAGCAGACGUGUGCGGCUCUGGUGGCUUCAGGGCUCCAGGAGCUGCUGACGCUGGAGGUUCUGCUGCGUGUGCACGACGUCCGCUCAGUCACACUCCCACUGCCAGACUUCGGCCCGGAGGACGACCAACACACACACACACACACCCAGCCUGCCCCCGGCAACGCCCUGGUAACCGUGAAGACCGCCACACCCCCACGGGAGAUGGCAGGACACACUGGCUACCUCACAUUUGCCACCAAAGUACGAGAGUAACACACACACACACACACACAAAACAAAGCUCUUACUUUAAAUAGUAUUCUAAGUGGUGAGGGGAAGGGUCAGUCCAGCUUACAGAUAGAGUAAGCUCACACACACACACACACACCGACUCAUACACACUCACCUGAUGCUAUGAAUAGGGUGGUCAUUUCCUUCCUCUCUGCACACACACACACACACACACACACACACAAACAAAUAUACACACACUCACACACACACACAAAUAUACACACACUCACACACAAACACACACAUAGGCACAUUUUUUUUUUAUGAGUGUUUUAUUUAUAAGAGGGCAGAUGCUUCUAUGUUGUUAAACUGUAGAGGCGUGUGUGUUUUAUUCUGAAAUAAAAAGCAAACUUGUUA